AAAAGGGGGAUAUUGUAAUAAUAUAAAUAUUUCCCUCUAAACAUUCUAUUUCUUUCUCUUUUCUUUUCAUUUUCUUUAUAUUUUAUUUAUUUAUUCAUGCAUCCUUUAGUUCAUUCGCCUACACAGACUACUUUAAAAUCAAAAUGGCACAGCAUAAAGACAUGGUUUACACCUGAUUUCAAUAAACGACGUCCAUCACAAUGUAGCACAACUAGUACUACAUCCUCUAGUAGCUGUUGCUGUCAGGAGCAACAACAACAACAUGCUGUCUAUGUCAAACGUCCAUCACUUACUGGAUCUGAAAGUUUACAUAUAGUCGUUGAUAAAUGCAUGUCACCCUUUCGAAGGAGACCAUCUAAUGCGUCCUCAGUCGUCACAUUCAACUUGGAUAUUGAAAUCAAAAAAUUAAUGGAACUAUAUCAACUUGCCCUUGAUGAAUUAAAUUAUGCAGAAGACUCUAGAGGUUCACCUUAUUAUACUGGAGACAGGAUUGCUGCCAAAGAAGCUAUUGAUCAUUGCCAAGAAGCUUAUCAGUUCUUGGUUGAACAAUGUUCACCUCAACAACAUGAAGAAUUGAAGACAGCCUUUGAAUUAAAUAUAAAAAAACUGGUUGAUCGACUUGAUUCUUUACCAUUACAAGAUGACGAUCAAUUAUCUUUCUGAUAUUCAAAAACAAAUACCCACAAAUAUUGUACAUACAUUUCAUAGCACACACACCAACAAAACAUAUUAUAUAUAUAUAUACAUAUAUAU